UAAAGCGACUGAACAGAUAGUCUUAGAGACAUUUCCCGCUGUAUUUCAAUCACUGGCCUUGUUCUUGGAACAUGUAAAUGAUUUGUUAAGUUAUCCAAUGUCUGUCUAUAUGUAUGCGACGGCAAACAGACGACUCGUAUCAUUUAUAACAACGUCCCUUUGGAUAGUGCUUGCUUUUGGUAAAGAGCAUGCUGCACUCGUCAAAAGGGAUACAACACUUGAUAAUGUCAAAGCAAUGUACAACAGAUACGUAAGUGAGUCAAGAGGAAAGGCAAAGUAUGCUGACGCUGGGAAAAACGCUUGCUCGAUGGACCUGCCACCAUCGGUUACCAACACACCUGGGAUACUUCUUGUUGCUGCGUCUAGGGACGACUUCCAAGCCUCUCUCGGUUGUGGGGCUUGCGUUAAAAUACUCGGUAGCGGUAAACCGGCUGCCGCUGACCUAGACGGCUCACCACCAGUCCAAGGAACUUUGAAAGGAAUAAUUGUCGAUCAAGAUGAUUCGCUAAAUCAAGGAGACUUGGCUCUUCUCCCUCCUCAAAGUGGCAGUGGUUUGUGGGAGAUCAACUUCAAGGCUACUGACUGCCCGACAGCUCUGGGACCAACUGGAUACAUCCAAUUCCGUUUUACCGGCAGCAACGAAAUGUAUUUCAAAUUGCAAGCAAUGAAUGCCAAAGUUCCGGUAGCUGGAAUUGAAGCAUUCGAACGCGUGAAAGGCAAAUGGUUUUGCCUCGCAAGGACAUCAAAUAACUUCUUUUCUAGCGAGGGAAUGGGUGCUGUAUCAUUUCCACUAAAAGUUCGACUGACAAGUAUCAUGAAUGAACAACUGGAGGCAACGAUUUUAGCACUGAAAAACGACGUUGUCAUUAACUCCGAUGUUCAGUUCUCAGACACUAAAGUCAGAGGUGGAUCGCCUGAAGGAAUCCAGUGCUAUGGUCAAGGUGACAGACCACCGUCUGGUGAAGGUGAUGAAGGAUUCUGUGUGUCAAAGGAAGACGGAAUUUACGCCGAUCCAGAAGAUGAGACUGCAUUUUACGUGUGCGAAGGAGAAAAACCAACCAAGAAAUUUUGUCCAACUGGCCUCAAAUUUAAUCCAGUCAUCUCUGGCUGUGAUAUCCCAGAGGAUGUUAAAUAUGUUGAAAAUGAAGGCGAUUCAUCAGGGAAAUCAAGUUCAAAAGAUGACAGCAAGUGGACCUCUUUACCAGGAAAUGGAGGACUGAAGGUUCUUUCUGUUGGUGUUCAUCCAGAACCUCAAAAAGACGAUAGUAAGACAGAUUUGAAAUUACCGCCCCCUCAUAAAUUAUUUUCUAUCAAUGUCUUUAAUGGCGCUCACAGCCAGACAAUAAACAAGCUCCACGACGGAAGAGUACACAAUGAUGUCAACAACGGUAGAUUUCGGGGAAAUGUGCAAAAUAUGGCUGAAAACGUAACGACCAUAGGGUCUAUAACGAAGGAGAAUUACAAAAAGCUGGAAUCGGCAUCUGCAGACGUUGCAUUAAAUGUUCAGGAACGUUUGCGAAAUGAUCAAAACAAAAAGAUAAGCGAAACUCCGUCAAAGUUCAUGGCACAGCAAACAGAAUCAGCUAACAAGAACAAAUUGAGCCAGGGAACUGGAAGACUAGACCACCACGGAGAAAGCACAUUCAUUUCGCAAGAUUCUUCUUCACCACCAGCAGAGUUAAAUCCAAAGAUUCCAUUACGUCCUGCAAGUAACAGGCUUUCGUCAGGACGUCCAGAAAGUUCUGAUAACAGAAAACUUCAAGCUGACCAGGAUGUUGGAAACACGAACUCUUUACAAGGUCAUCUCGGUCAACCUCCUCACAAGGUGUUCGCAAUAAAUAUUUAUGGCUCGCAUCCACAAGCUGAUCAAAAUAGGAUGAGUGGAGUCAAGGAGUUUGAACUAGCAAAUCAAUAUAGGGAUACCAGUUCCUCAAACAAUGGCCAUAGGGUUCUUGCUGGGACGCAGGGUUUUGAAAAUGAUCAUGGCGAUGCCUUGAAUACUCCUGAGCUCAAACCUGUGGGCGAGUAUCAACAGGAACAUCAGUCAUAUGCAGAUCUUGGUACUAAAACAGUUGAGGAAAAUAUAUUAUCCACAAACGAUUCCACUGCAACAACACCACUUCAUUUUAAACUUAAAAUCAAUAUGGACAACACUGGAAAGCAACCCGUGAUUAACUGCACUUUGUCCGAAUGCUCUGAGAAUGAUUUUGCUGUAGAAGAUUAUAAAAUAGCAGGGAAAGGCUCACAAUCGCAUCUACCUGCGUCAACCAAUGAAUCUAAUGAUGGUAAACAAACGUUUGUUCAUCAUCAAGAUAAUCAUGGCUCUCAAAUCACUAAAGAGGAUGGUGAUUUUCAGGUAACUUUAACAACUGACUCGUCAAGGCCAGUGGCUCAGCCACAGGCAAUGCAAGAAUUACGUGUGUCUCCAAACCAAUUAGCCAGACCUUCGAUAACAUUCUCUCAUACGCAGCCUAUCAAAAAUAAUCCACCUCAGCUGGAAGAUACCUCCCAAACUAUCGUUCAGUCAUCGCAUAGUUCUUUAUCUAAGGAGGCACAAGACGUCAUUUCUUCACACAGAAAUGGCAGUACGACAGCACAAACAGUAUCUGAGAGCCCAUUGGGAAAUAGAAUUAAAACACAACAUAAUGAUAUGGGGACGAAAGGUGACAAUGUUAACGAACAUGGUGAAAGUAAUAAGGAAACACAAAUGACCCCCAAUCUUCAAGACAAAUUGUCAAAUGAGAACCCAGAAGAAAAUAGAAUGAGAACACAGAACAAUACAAAAACGACGAAAGGUGACAAGGUGAUCCAACAAGGGGGAAGAGACAGCGAAGUGAAAGCGACCAGUCUUCAUAAAUCUCUAGAAGGCGAAAGUUCUGUAAGCAACAGCUCGGUGGUAGAUGCGCAUAAUGCCAGGAAAUUCGAAAAUGCAAAUCAGAUUCCAAGUAACGAAAACAACUUCCAUGCUGAAGAAGGGCAUGACGAGCAAAAGGAAAACUUCUUUAACACCAAACUUAAAACCAGCCCUCAGGGAAACAGUGUGACAAAUCAGUUAGAAAGCAAUAACAUCAAAAACCAGUUUUAUGAACAAGGUCAACUGAAUAGUCAAGACUUUGUACAAAUUCAGAGCCAUCCCCAAUUAAAGAUCAUUUUAAAAAAUCCUGGGAAAAUCAUAAAUCCUUUAAAGAGACGAUCACACGCCAAGGGUCAUAUUGUACAAAUUCUUAAAAGUUUGAUAGAUAGGCCACUUAAGUUAGGUUCCAAGAACAAAGAGGUCGCAUCUAUGUUGUCGACCCUCGUUAACAAGAAGGUUCAGGAACAAAAACGAGAGCAAACACCUCAAGAUGAUUCCGAAGCCAUCAAAGACAGUGCAAGUAUUGCUGAGAGCAUUUUAGAAGCCAACAAGGAAUACCUUGAUGCCAUCGCUAUGCAGGGAAUGGUUUUCAGUGAUGGAGAUCCUGAAACGGAAAAUAUGACGAACGUCGUGGACUCUUACCAGGGUCAUGGUUAUCAACAGCAGCAAUUACAGGGUCCUCAGAUGGCAAAUCCAGACGCGGAAGGAGGGGUUGCUGCAACCGGAUUCAACGAGAAAAGUCCACGUGAUGGUGCACUCCAAGAAGAUUGGCUUAAUGAUGAACAUCUUAUAACGGGAAUCAAAGGCAGUGGAGGAGGUGGUUUCGUGUGGCCUNUUAAUGCAUACAAAGGAGGGAUGCUCAAAUCAAAAUCCGAUCCAAGGUUGAAGUCAUUCUGUAUUGGAAAGUCGAGUGGUAUUUACACAAAUCCGUUUGAACAGAAGAGCUUUGUCAUCUGCUUUAAUGGCGUGUCAGAGGAAAGGGAAUGUCCUGAGGCAAUGCUGUUCAACCCAAGAGAAAAGGUGUGCGAUGUGCCAGAUAACAAGAAUACAGAGCAAAGCAAAACGAACGAGAAAAUAACGGGAAACAGUAGUCUUGGUUAAUUCUAAUACGGAUUUCACCAUUCUUCCUGACAUGGCCCUGAAGAGAAGUCGAAGGAUCAAGGAAGACAAACGGGAUGAUGAACUCAAACGAAAUGGAACUCCUUUAUAAAAUAUCUAUCAAUUAAUCGUAUGACGCUUACGCCAUAGUUAAAACUAGAACGUGUAGCUUGACUGCACAUAACGGCUGUGCUGACGACUGCGUUACGAAGUUAAGGUUAUUGUUAAAAUAUUGUUACCAAAUAUAUAUAUACGUUAUUUUAGACUCGUUUUACUGCCCUCUUUCUGUAAGCCGCCACUGUUUGUAUCAGCAACGUAUAGCACUGAAUUAAAAUGUUACAUGUAUUAGAAAAUGAAUGAUAGUUUUAUACGCUCAGUAUAGUCUCCAGUUUACGUGUAUGUUUGAAGGCAGUCUCCAGUCUUGUGAUAUAAUAUUAAAUUAUACUGAAACCAAUAACAAGCCGAUCAAACAAUAGACACAACUUAGAAUUUGUUGAUUUAUUGAUGGAUUGAUUGAUUGAUUGAUUCAUGAUUCUUUCAUUUUUUGAUAAACCCCUGAUUAAACCAAAAGUAGGAUUAAAGGAAACUCUCGCUUUUGAACUCGGAAUUCUGAAAAGCUGAUUUUGCUUUAAGCAUCCCCUCUCUGUGGAAUUUAGGGAAGAAAUAGCGUCGCUAGUGGUCGUAUGAAAUACCGAAGAAAAUUCGCCAGGAACGAGAUCAUUUAUAGAGGAACCUCGAAUAAAAGGACUGAAGAUGAAUAAAUUUGAAUCCCGGGGAGUUUUUCUUUGGGACUAUGGGAUCUUAAGGUGAGCACCCGGGGCACUUAUUUCAAAUUUAGGAGAAGACGGGGGCGCUUAUUCGAGGGGGGAGGGCGCUUAU